AUGCCAUCUACGGCGAUGAACGACACGCAGAGUCGUGCUCUGGGCUCUCGGGGUCUCGACCAUCAGACUGCUGUGGCCAUCACCGAUGAACUCCUCUUCAAGUCUACUCUCGAAGAGUUCCUGGCCCGUCGCGACAAUCGAGACCCCCCAGAGCUUGACUGGAACUCCGACGGCUGCACUGCCUCUCCCGACAAUCCGUCCCACUUCCCGUUUCUCCCGGCAUGCUAUCGCCAUGACUUCGGGUAUCGAAACUACAAGGCCCAGGAUCGCUUCAAGGCAGGAAGAGCACGAAUUGACGCGAACUUCAAGCAUGACCUCAAUCACCAAUGCGAAUAUGACGCUAUUGAAGUCGAAGCAGAACCCGUUGGAGAUAUCGGAGCUGGACGGGGAAAAUGUAAAGCGCUCGCAAACGCGUACUACGCCGCGGUGAGACUGCUCGGCGGGCUGGCGAUUAAACGGGAUGAGCAUGGUCUUGUCAAGGAAUACGAGGACGCACUGGCCGCUUACAACGACGCUGUGAGGAACGCCUAG